AUGCCACCGAAGAGGAAUGCCGCGAGGACCGCGAGAAACGAGGGAUCGGACUCGGACGCAGACUACACUGACACCGANGGGCUACCGAUGCUGCUGGUCGGCGAGGCCGCCGUGUGGUGGCAAGGCGUGAAGUCGUCGGUGACGUCAUGGACCGAAGCCCUACAGCGACUUCGAGGAAUGUUCGGCGUGCCGCGACCUGCGUAUAAAAUAUUUCGCGACAUAUUUUCCGCCGAACAAAGUGACGAACGAGCCGAUGUGUUUGUGAAUAAAGUGCGCGCCUUAUUGUCAAAGUUACCGUACGUAGUACCCGAAGCGAUGAAGCUAGACAUUGUUUAUGGACUUUUAGAUCGUAGAAUAAGAAAACGAGUGCCUCGUGACACUGUGGACGGGCUGGAACAGCUGAUAAGUAAAGUCAGGUUGGUAGAAGAGUCGCUGGCAGAGGGAGGCCGCGAGUACUGCAUACUGGCCGGAGGAACACGCAGGAGGGUAUCGCGUCCCACAGCUGACCCCGUCCGUAGGCGAUGGACCGCCGAAACGGCUCGGUCAGAGGCAUAG